GACUUCGGAAGCUGUUCAAGUCUUGAUAGAAGCGCAAACUGCAUACAGCCUCUAUAAGAUGUUCUAUUCCGGAAUAACAGCUGUCUAUCUCACUCGAGAGCUUCACCACAGUCAUGUCUGCCUUACCGACUCCAGGCGAAGUACUGGGUUCCAGCGAAAUUGCGAGCUGUGUUGCUAUAGUCCUUUAUGGCAUAGUGGUCGUUCAAGCCUACGUAUAUUUCCUUCACUACAAGGAAGACCCAAGAUGGUUGAAAGGUUUGGUCGGCGCAGUGACUUUUUUGGAAACCUUGCAUAGCGUCUUGAUCAUCCACAUUCUUUACACGUUCGGUGUUACUGAUUUUGGACAUUUGGAGUUCGUUCAGAGUAUUACUUGGAGUGUUGCGGUUUCCCUGUUGAUUGAUCUUUGCAUAAUAGCGACCGUCCAAGGUUUCUACAUUCGUCGUAUCUGGAUUCUCAGCAAUCGUUCUAUUUGGUUGGUCGUCAUCCUGUCGACCAUCCUGUUUACACGGAUUUCUUUUGGAAUCGCGACUUUCACUCUAAUGUUGACUUUGGAUAAUUGGCUCUCUUUCCGACAAGAGAUUGGCCCAUUGUUCACGGUCGCCUUCGGGAUUGCACUGGCCUUGUUUAUGGACUUCUUGAUUGCCUCUGUACUUAUCUUCUAUCUCUUGCGCAAUCGUUCUGGACUUCGGAGGACGGAUCACAUUGUCACAUUCCUCAUUGCAUAUGCCGUGAAUACUGGUGCUAUCACAAUGGUUGUUUCGGCUGCAAUUGUGUUCACGUUUGUGUUCCUGAAAAGCAGUCUCCUGUUCGCCGGCCUCAACAUCGCCUCUGGCAAAUUAUACGCCAAUUCCCUUCUCGGGACUCUGAACGCCAGACAAAUCUUGCGGGAGCGUCAUGAUAUUCCGAGUGUUACGACGAACUACUUCUCCAAUGGAUCCCGAGCCAGCGACAUGGUUUUCAAGCAACCCAUUCGUGUCCAGAACAAGUCUGGGUCGAGGACCAUGGUGGAGUCUGCCACACAGCACAGCGACAUCGAGGAAAGUGGCCCAACGAAACACGACGUCUAUGUCGCUUGAUUCUAAGCUUCAUCUCCUCUGAAUGGGGCAACUGUCACUGUCUAGAAAUAGACUUUUUGGAGAACUUGGUCGUAUCACAUUGCUGGUCAUUCUCUUCCUCUUGCGUGUAUAAAUAAAGAUACGAAGCGGACUGUACCCGAUAUAUGUUUGUUGCCAACGGGGCUACCUGAGGAAAUAAACUCAAGAGUUAUCCAGCUGACGUAUUCAAAGCUAAUUAUAAUUUGCAGUGCCGUUCAUCGCAGACUUGCAGUUCCAGACAAUGGGGACACGAUGCAGCAUCGUAACCA